AUGUUCUCGUCGUUACUACUUCUCUCUUCGCUUCUUGCGAUAUCGCAGGCGAUACCGCCUCCUCCGAUCGAUCCAUGUGCGCCAUAUUGCGCCGAUGUCUACAUGAUUUCAUGCAGGGCCACGCUUGAGGUCCAAGGCGAAGGUCAGAUCGGUCAAAUCGCGGAGUAUGUGCAGUUAGCGACUUCGCAGACAGUUGAGCGUGUUGCCUUAGAGUAUCCCGCUAUUUUGGAGGGAUAUGCCGAAUCCGCAGCUACAGGAGCCGAAGCAUUGAAGCAAUUGAUCUCCAAGCAGGCUAAAGAAUGCCCAAAUCAAAAGAUUGUCCUAAUGGGUUACUCGCAGGGUGCCCAAGUUGUUGGAGAUGCCAUUAGUGGUGGUGGCUACGGCCAGAUGGGAGAGCUCAUACCAGGAAUGUCAGCUGAACUUAUCGACAGAAUUACCGCUGUUGUAUUGAUGGGAGACCCACGCCAUAUGGCCUGUGAAGAAUAUCACCACGGAACUGCUCGCAAGGAGGACGGAGACGGUGUUUUCCCUCGUUCUCCGGAACAAAUGGCCAUUUUGAAUAGCUAUAAGAACAAGAUUUCUUCUUACUGCAACAGAAAGGAUGCCCUUUGUGCGGUCGGUGGGAGAGGAAACUUGGGAGGUCAUUACGAUACCAUUUCUUUGUUUGUUACUCCUGCGAAAGAAUGGUUAUUGGAAAUGAUCGAUGGCCCUGAGCAGGAGCUACCGGGAGUUCCUGAUGAAUUAGAAGUCACCCAAUAG